UUCUAUGACGAGUGUCUGCGUAAAUAUGGGUCUGUCAACGUAUGGAGAUAUUGCACGGAUAUAUUUGAUUAUUUAAGUCUAUCAGCACUAAUUGAAAACAAGAUUUUUUGUGUUCAUGGAGGUCUAUCCCCGGCCAUCACAUCAUUGGAUCAGAUUAGAACAAUAGACCGAAAGCAAGAAGUGCCUCAUGAUGGAGCCAUGUGUGACUUGUUAUGGUCAGACCCAGAAGAUGUGGUUGAUGGUUGGGGGUUGAGUCCUCGAGGUGCAGGCUUUCUAUUUGGUGGGAAUGUUGUUACCUCUUUCAACCACACAAAUAGCAUCGAUUACAUAUGCCGUGCACAUCAACUUGUAAUGGAAGGAUACAAAUGGAUGUUCAAUAACCAGAUCGUAACUGUCUGGUCUGCACCAAAUUACUGUUACAGAUGUGGUAAUGUAGCUGCUAUCCUUGAGCUGGAUGAAAACCUCAACAAGCAAUUCCGUGUUUUCGAAGCAGCACCACAUGAGUCAAGAGGGGUUCCUUCCAAGAAACCAGCACCUGAUUAUUUCCUCUAGUUCAAUUGUGGUGUUCAUCACCAUCCUUUAUGUGAAUUUUGGCAAGCUAGCUCAUCAGAUUUUCUAUGAUGCGGUGAGCCAAAUGCAUUCAAAUCCUUCGGCAUGCAACUAUGAAAAGGUUAAGAAGUUCUUCUGGCUGUGGAGUGCGUUUAGAUUGAUUGGUUUGCUGGCAAUUUUCCCUUAAUUGUUGUAUUGCCGAUGCUUUUCAUCAUUAAUUACUGUUGUAAAAAAACCAGGGAUUUGUGUGAGGAGAGCUGCUCAGAGUUCACGACAGGCGGAAGACGGUGUUUUGAAAGAAUAUGUAGGAGAAAUCGAGUUUAUCAUAUAUGUGUGUUUCUUUAUGAAACCUGAGUUGAGUUUUGUACGAAAUGCCUUGGGCUGUAUCGGGCUGUAUGGGAAAAGUAACCGAAAUUCACUCAAGCAAGAUCCUAAGUAAACUGGUGUUUUUGCUAUUGGAAUUAAUUUUUCCCCCUAUAUUAAGCCCUGAAGUUCCAUAGGACUCCUGAUUGCAAAUACUGCGCCCUGAGAAUUAUGACUAUGCACAUAUUUUUUUGUUAGAUGAUGAUAGUGGGUUGAAUUUC